CACGUUUUGACGGACGAGUACAACGGGAGCGUUCUUGCCGUGAGGUCCACAAAUGUGUCGCGAGUGAGAAUCGUUUUGUCGAAACCGUGAAUCACCAACGUUUUGAGAGGACGAUGAGUUCCUAUCAGUUCGUCAAUUCGUUGGCGUCUUGCUACCAACAGCAGGGCGGUCAGCGGUCCGGAGCAUCGCCUGUCGACCACCCUCAGAGCCCUGCCGGAGAUUACUACCCGAACGUCAACUAUCCGGCGGGAUGUUACUCGCCGCAGCAGUACCCAGCGCAGUACAUGCAGCAGAGCCCAGGCGGCAUGAUGGACUACACACAGCUGCACAGCGCACAGCACCAGCGGCUGGCGUCUCACCUGCAACCGCUGCACGGCGUCCCGUCGCCGGGGGCGGUCUCGCCGAUCCUAAACAACAACAAUCCCUCGGUGACGAAUCUGAGCGGUUCGACGUCGUGCAAGUUCGCGGACUCGACGACCUCAGGGGCGAACGGGAUCUCCUCGCCACAGGAUCUGACGACUUCCUCCGCCCCCGGGGGCAGGACCAGCCCGCCGCUGGGUAAGACUUCGUUGCAUUCCCCGUCCAACCCGACCUCCAGGACGCCUACGGCUCCUCUGCCGACUUCUCAGAGCUCGUCCUCGCCCGCCUCUUCGACCUCCUCUUCUUCGUCGACACCUGGAGCUCCGGGCGCCGGGGGUGGCAACGGCACUUCGGGAUCCGCCGGAGGGAAACCCACACCUGGAAAUCCACCACAGAUUUACCCUUGGAUGAAACGAGUUCACCUCGGACAAAGCACAGUGAACGCGAACGGGGAGACGAAACGACAAAGGACGUCGUACACACGUUACCAGACGCUGGAGCUGGAGAAGGAGUUUCACUUCAACAGGUACCUGACCAGGCGGAGGAGGAUAGAAAUCGCCCACGCCCUUUGCCUGACAGAGAGGCAAAUAAAAAUCUGGUUCCAAAACCGAAGGAUGAAGUGGAAGAAGGAGCACAAGAUGGCGAGCAUGAACGUCAUCCCAUACCACUACCACAUGUCCCAGCCCUACGGGAACCCGUACCAAUUCACCCAUCUGACCACCUAACUAGCUUCUGUGGUGCCGGGCAGUCAUGAGAUCUGGCAAGAACGCUACGAGUGAUUUGAUGUCGGUAGAUCUCACGGCGACCGAGCACCCGUCAAAAUAAACUGACAACAGACUGUGAUCGUCAUCGAAAAGUGCGCAGUGACAUGUGUGUGACGCUACCUCUAUUGAUGAAACAAAUAAAAAAAUUGAACAAUAUUAAAAAAAACGGACUUUCUUCAACAAAUGAAAGGUUUUUCUCAAAACCAAGAAGACUUGCGUUUCAAAUGCAAACUGUUUUAAUUAUUAUAUCGAUGUACUUCUCAGUAUUGAUAUUAUUUAGCAAUAACUUCUGAUUAGACAUGCAUCGUGUACAGAGUUUUUUGAAAAAUAUUUUACGAACUACCUUAUUGUAUUUUAAUAAUAAAAAAAGGGAAAACACAAUGAGAUUAAUAAAAUAACACUAAUAGUGUCUAAGGUAGAGAGUAGAAGCGAUUUUAUUUUGACAAGUGCAAUAUAUUUGAUAGCCUUCUGAUAAGGAAGACACCUUUGAGUUCUCUACUUUCCUAAUUGUAAAUAAUCUUUCAAAACAAAUAAAAGUGUAAUAUAGAUGUUGAUCUUGUUGUUCCAUUUUUUUUGUGUUUCACUAUUUGUGAGUAUAUAAAUAUAUAAUAUAAUAAUUAUAUAGCCUAAUUGUGACUGAGGAACAUAACCGUAAUGCCAGUGAGUGUGUAAAUUGAUUUCCUUUUGUGUAAAAUUUAUAUACCUGUAUUAUAUAUUAUAUAUGCGAUAUUUUUCUUUAUCUCAUUUUAUUUUUGUUCGUUGUUCCGGUUUUGACGUAGUCAUUGUUAUUUGUUAUUAUUUGUACGAAUUAUUUACACGUACUGAAUUCCAAGUUAUCAAGAGUUUUUGAAACAAUCAUCUUUUCUUUGAAGAAUGUAUAUGUUUCCAAUUUGUGAAUCGAACAAAUUCGGAGUCACACAGGGAUUAUGGUUUAGUUUAGAAACACCGUGUAGUAUAUGUAUAUGUGUAUUAUUAUUGUUCAUUUUAUUUAAAUUACAAUUAAAAAAAGAAAAAUGGAUCAGUUUUUUUCAUUAAAAAAAGAGCAUCUCGUUGUUUCCUAGUUUGUCGAAUAAAUUAUACGAUAAAACUGUUUUAACAGGAAUUUGUGGCAUUCUCACUUUUUGGAACCAAGACGUUCUCAGGGUGCACCGCCGUGUGCGAGAGGCUAAAAAUAAAAAUUUAUGAUCGAAUCAGGAAAUCGGCUUUGUUUAAACACAGUCGAGGCUUAGGCGACGGCGUGUGUUCCCGACACAAGUUACUGUACGGAUCUAUUGUCUUUUACUCAAACUGAAAACCGCUCCAAUAUUUACUGUAUGAAGGGUUAAAUAAACAGAUAAUAUACACAA